AUGCACGAUCGAUCUUUCGACGUUGUUCAAAAAAAUUCUUAUUAUUCAGCCGACAUACAUUACGCUCUUCAGAUGUGCCAAUGGGCUCUAAAACCCAUAGGCAUAUGGCCUCUCGUCAACAAUCGUGCUACCAGAUUAGAACAGCUCGUUUCCAUAGCUCUGUUAACAUUCUGCUAUUCAGUAUUGCUCUUCAUCCUGAUUCCAUCCGGUCGUUUCAUCUUCUUCGAGGGAUCCAUCAGCACAAAAGUGGGACUGUUUGGUCCAGUCGGCUUCUGUCUAUCGUCCACGAUUAAGUAUAUUUGUCUUAUCCUAAAAAGGACAGACAUUGAACGUUGCAUCGAGCAUGUAGAACGAGACUGGAGAACGGUGCAAAAUCAAACUCAUCGUUCCAUCAUGUUGAAGUGCUCAGCGUUUAGCAGAAAUCUCAUCACUCUCUGCGCUAUUUUCCUGUUUAGCGGUGGUAUAUCGUAUCACACCAUAAUGCAAUUUUUAUCUAAAGACAAAAGACGAAACAACGCCACUAUCAAACCAUUGGCUUAUCCUGGUUACGAUGCGUUCUUCAACUCUCAAUCUACUCCAGCAUACGAGAUCGUGUUCUGCGUUCACUUUGUUACUGCAAUGAUUAUGUAUACAGUUACUACUGGUGCAUACAGUUUGCUUGCAAUAUUUAUUACACAUAUAUCUGGACAAAUUCAGAUACAAUUAAAAAGGUUGGAAGGGUUGACGAACGAGAAACCGGAGAAAGAUGGUCAUCGUAACUUUUUGGCCACUAUCGUUUAUAAUCACGUAGAGAUUUUGAGGUUCUCGAAGAUCGUUCAGGAAGCUUUGAAAGAGAUUUGUCUAACGGAAGUUGUGGAAUGCACGAUGAUUAUGUGCAUGCUAGAGUAUUACUGUAUAAUGUCGUGGAGAGCAGGCGAUAUGGUGAAGGUAAUGACGUAUCUCACUUUGUUAAUUUCCUUCACUUUUAAUAUAUUUAUAUUCUGCUAUAUAGGGGAGGUUUUAACUGAACAGUGUAGUCAAAUCGGUACUCUCUCCUAUGAAAUUGAUUGGUACAAUCUACCUGCAAAGAAAGCUCACGAUCUCAUCUUGCUAAACGUCAUAUCGCAAAAUCCACCAAAAUUGACCGCUGAGAAAGUAAUCGAGUUAUCAUUGAACACGUUCACCGUUGUAGUGAAAACAUCUGUAGUUUACAUGAAUUUACUUCGAACAGUUACAGACUGA